GAGACGGAUGGAGGGAGGAAAAAAUUCUCCAAACACACAAGAGGGACUUGUUUAGCUGCGGACCUGUAUCAUGUUGAACUGACCAGCGUCUUUUCCUUCUGGAAUACUCUAGAAAACAACCGCUUUCCAUCGAGACUGUCCCUUAAGGCAACUCGUGGGUGCUUCAAGAAGCCAACAUGAUCAGCUUUGAGCGGCCCCCUCCAUUAGCAGUGAUGCAUCCUGGGAGAGAACCUCCCUCUGUGGCCAUCAUGCCUCUGAGAAACACCCACCACCAACAACUGCAUCACAGGAGGAGAACCAAGAGGAUGGAGAGAGGGAAACCUGGCUUACGCUCCAAGAAAUUGUCCGUACUGUCCCGUUCGCUCAUCAUCUGCAGCUCCAGUACCAAUGAGGGGGCGUCUAGCCAGGAGGAGAGGAACCGGGAGGCAUGGGAUGAGGGGUACUACAGGGACCCGCCGGAGGGGUCGGUGGGAAACUCAAAAAAGUUUAUAGCAAGGAGCGUCAGCGUGCAGACCCCCGUUCAAGCGUCUCAGAGGGGUCAAGAGGGCCCUAAAAGAGCAAUGAGGAGGUCAUUCUCCAUUAAGGAGAGCAGUUUCUGGAGAAUGUGUGUCACCACUCGGGAGGAGGGGCUGCACGCGGGCGAAAGCGACCUCCUGUCCAAUGACAAUGGCAGCACUGUUGGUGGAGAUUUGCACAGGGACACUUAUAUCUACUUUGGAGACAGACUCGCCCCAUUUAACGGACUGACUGUAAGCGAUCAAAGCAAACAGGAGCCUGAUGUGGAGAAAGGGAGUGUGUGUAGAACCACCAGUACUGAUCAGGAUUUCUUUCCAUGUGAAAGCAGAAAGGUCAAUGAAUCGGACAAGCUUGGCUACAGGUUUGAAGAAAGGGAAACAUUAGGAAACAACAAUAAUGUAAAGAUGCCAGUAAUAAAGGUGUCAGAAGAUAACAGCAAGAACUGUGAGGACGAGAGUGAUGAUCUGAACUGUCAAGAGACAUCCUGCAAGAGAUCUCGCUCCAACUCCACCAGCGUUCACCCGUACUGGAUCGGAGAUUUGGACACCAUCAUUAUGAAGACGCCAGAACUGUUCCCGUGUCACGCCCACACCACCGCAGGCUUCUACGGCAACAGAAAGUCUCUCUCUCAACAGCUGGAGUUCCCUCAUAGCAUUCCACAGGCUGUGGUCAGACCGUCUCGUUCUCUGAGUUCUGCACACUUGGGUCACUCCUGCAGCAGCAGCGUUCAAGCGUUCAUCAUUUCUAACAUCGUCCUCAUGAAGGGCCAUGGAAAGGGUCUGGGCUUCAGUAUAGUAGGAGGCAGAGACAGCAUGUACGGACCGAUGGGGAUUUAUGUGAAGUCCAUCUUUCCCGGAGGGGCGGCAGCCGCUGAUGGAAGACUACAGGAAGGAGAUGAAAUCCUGGAACUGAACGGAGAAUCUCUGCACGGUUUGACCCAUGAAGAUGCCUUACACAAGUUUAAACAAGUGAAGAAGGGUUUAUUAACUCUGGUGGUGAGGACCAGUCUGCGGGUGGGUGCUCUGCCAGGCAGUCACGGUCAGGUGUCUCAACUGUGUCGAUCCAGAUCUCUGAGCUCCAGUACAGGUAUAAGCCUGGGAGAAUAUAACUGCCUCAGUAACCCAACAAAACCUCAGGACAGAGUCAUGAUGGAGAUCACGCUACAGAAGGAGUUUGGUGUAGGUUUAGGUAUUGGUCUGUGCUGCGUACCUUCAGCCGAUUACUGUCCAGGAAUCUACAUUCAUACGCUCUCGCCGGGAUCAGUGGCUCACAUGGAUGGACGUUUAAGGUAUGGCGAUGAGAUCAUGGAGAUUAAUGACACGGUGGUUUGUAGCAUGUCGCUGAAUGACGUCUACACGGUUCUGAGUCAGUGCAGUCCGGGGCCGGUUCAGAUCAUCAUCAGUCGACACCCCGACCCGAAGGUUUCUGAACACCAGUUAAAUGAAGCCAUCGCUCAGGCAGUGGAGCACAGCAAACUCAAGAGAGACAGGAGUCAAUGGAGUAUGGACGGAUGUAACAGCAGUCUGAGGAGAUCAGAUGGCUGUUCUCACAGCAGGCAGAACCGGAGCUCCAGUCAGUUGACCUGCAGACGAGCGCAGAAGCCCAUGAUCCGCUCCUGCAGCGAAGGAGCUUACAGUCAUCACUGUAUCCCUGAGAGCGUCAGCACUCAGUCCUUCCUAGAGCCGGAUCACGUCACGCGAGUGCACAGCAUGGACGUCUCCUUUACCACCAACAGCGACACAUCCCUAGCUAACAGACUGUCUCCCUCCUCGUACACGGAUGACGAUUAUAACAUUCCCUAUAAAUGUCCGGUGAAUUUCAUCCAGCACCAGCCGGUAGAUGUGGCUGCAGGUGUGGGACCAGCCACCCGGCAACAGAGAUUCUGCAGACGACAAGACGUUAGCGGACGGGGAGCACUGAUGGAUUCAAGUGACUCCAGUCAAGGUUCACCAGUCAGAGAGAACGAUCUACUGGCAUCUCAAAGCAACUGUCAGGAAGUGGUUGAAUGCUCAGAAGUCGGAACUAAAGUUUCAGUCUGUAUCUCUGAGCCUAAACCUGCUGUGGCAAGUGAGACAACACACAGAAAGGGCAGAGAACACAGAGGUUCCGAUUCCUCUUCCCCAGUGUGCAGUCCGAGCAAACGGGUCGGCCUGAGACGCCAGGCUCGUGUGGAGGUAACUACAGAUCUACAACUUGACCCUUGGGUAAAACUGACAGACAGCCCAGAGAACCAGUCGUACUGUUUCAAAACCAUGAGUGACCAUAAUGGGGAUAAUGAAGUUAACGGCACAACCUCAGAAACCACAAACGUCACCUCGGACUCGCAAUCAGAACAGUCACCCAGUCUUAAAAAAGGACCCCCGGUGGCUCCGAAGUCUGCAUUGGUACGUCAAAGCUUGAAACACAUUAAGGCUGGAAGACCAGUAAGAGAGCCUUUGAAACCGGACAGCAGGAACCAGGAUACUGGCAGAACCUUUGGGAUCGGUCUGAGAGGUGCUUCAUCGGGAGCCAAUUUGUCCAUCAGGCAGAAGAUCAGCUCAUUUGAGACCUUCUCAAGCGCAGAAGUCGCAGAAAGGCCAAGCAGGCGACUUGCCCCAACAACGUCCCUUCCUCUAAUAGAGAAGACUGCUAAAACACAGACUGUAGACCACAGCCAUGCAGGUCCUUUGAUAUGCAAUUUAGAAAUCAACGAUAACUACCAGUCUCUACCGACAAUUCCAAUUUCCACACAACCAACAGCGGAAGAAAAAACAUCAGCUUCCCCCAGUUUGAAUAUCGCUUCAGACCCCCAUUCUGUGGAGGAAGAUAGUAAUUCAACUUCUCUUGGUUCAAAUAUCAUUUCAGAGCCCUGCGAGCCAAUCCCUGUUGAGGAAACCACUCGUGACUCUGUGAAUAUCCCGAAAGAGCUUCCACCUGUCGCUGAGACCGAGCAAGAAUCGAUUCCUUCCCCAGAACCUUUAACCCACGUCCCUCGGAGAUCAAGCAGCUCAAAAGAGGCCCCUGCAGAAAAGCCAACUGAAGUUUCUGGAAGUCACAGCGUGAGUUUGAGAACUAAGAGUCUGCCCCUCGGUUCCUCUGAAGCGCCCAAUCUUGGCUUGGAAGGGGAGAGUCUGGGGAUCAUCCUGUCUUUUAGCAACCAGGUGUCCAGUGCCUUGAUGCGGUCCAUGCAGUCUCUCCCUCAGUCCCCUUGUGUAAGAUUUGGAAACCCUUGGAGUGCCCCGCCAGGUUCCUCUCUGCAUAAUCCCAUAGAACAGGACUCGUCAACUGAAAAGCCAACCCCUUCCCAGACCCUUGAGAACAACGAAAGGGGUUUCUCCGUUAGCCUGGCCGAACUGAGAGAAAGCACUAUUGAGAGAGGGGGAGAUUGUGAGAAGGAAGAUGAAACCCCAGAAAGACCCCUCACUUCAGCCUCAGCAGUCUGUGCCCAAUCCAUGAUCUCAGCCCUUCCGCAAGAGGAGAUCCAGCAGAUGAUUCAGGAAGUCAAGGAUCUGGAUGAAGACACGCUAAGGCAACUGGAAGACAUCCAUGUUGUGAUUCUGCAUAAAGAAGAAGGAGCUGGCUUGGGUUUCAGCAUCGCUGGAGGUAUCGAUCUAGAGAACAAGGCAACUACGGUCCACAGGGUUUUCUCCAGUGGUCUGGCCGCUCAGGAGGGCACCAUAGAGCGAGGCGAUGAGGUUUUGUCCAUCAACGGGCAAACGCUCAAAAACAUCAUGCACGGCGAUGCCACGGCCAUACUCAAGCAAGCUCGCAGCAUGAAGCAGGCGGUGGUGGUCGUGUGCAAAAAUAAAGACGCGGAAGGGAAAGGGGGCGCUACCGCUAAUGAGUUUAGCUUAAGCAGUGGGGAAGAAAGCAACUUCACAGAUGAUGGAGGUGAAACUGUCACUCUGGAGCUGGAGAAGAACGCAGGUGGUAUUGGAUUUAGUCUUGAGGGUGGGAGAGGCUCCAUUUCGGGAGACAGACCACUGACUGUCAACAGAGUAUUUACAGGGAGCGAUGCUGAGCAAAAGGGUCUGAUGUCUGGUGAUGAGGUUCUGCAGAUUCAGGAUUCGUCUCUGCAGGGCCUAACACGAUUCGAAGCCUGGACCUUCAUUAAGGGUCUCAACGAAGGACCGUUUCAACUCAUCAUUAAGAAAAAAAGAUGUGAGGAGAGCUAAACGAGCUGUUUAAUGUGGAAUCCGUCAAUGCACCAUUUAAAGCCUUAUGGAAGAUCACUGGCAAAAAUGUUAAUCCAGUACCUCAGAGAUGACAGAUUUUUGUAGGUUAACCCGGAAGUAAGCGCCGCGCAGAUUCCCUCGACGGAAAGCCUUUGCAUUUUUCCCAUAGACUUUUGGAAGGUCGCAAAAAAUAAGAUCCGUGAUUAUUAAUACAACAUAAGUUACUUUUGAAGACAAAAUAUAGUCGGUAGAAGUAAACCGACCUUAAUUCCGGUGAUUUACUUAAAAUCCAUGAAAAUAAAAGAAAUUGAUGGAACCGGAAGUCCUAAAAUACUAACUCACUUCGAUGCUUUGCAGACAAAAAUACGUCAUCUCUGAGCCUCCCAAUACAGAAUGUAUAUUCAAAUUUUUACUUAAAGAAACAGUUCACUUCAAAAUAAAAGUUUCAUCAUCUAGGUUAAAAUGUUAACAUAAAUAGGUGAUUUUUUGAAGAACAGCUUAGACACUUCUAAAAUAAACAUAUAUAAAGAUGGUUUAAUUCUUUUUUUAGCGUAAUACUAAAGAAGUGUCCAACAACUGCUGAACGGUCUUAUUUGCAUGUAGGAUUUUUUUCCAAAAUUGAUCUGUUUUAUGCAAAAAAUGUAAGCAGGUGUACGAUCUGUUUUUGUUUGACUCCUGUCAGUGUAUGAUAUUCUACUAUGUGAUCAGGAACAUUUCCUUUCGUUGUUUUAUGGCACAUCAGUGUACUGUGUCACAUGAUCAGGGAAUGAAAAUCAUGAUUCUUGUCAAGUCGGCCUGUUUAGAAGCUAAGAUUUGCACAACCCUGUAAAUAAAUAUUUCAGUUCUA